AUUGAGGAGAUGAGGGAGAAAGGAAUCGAAUUGGAGUUUCAACCUGAUGUUAAGGGUGCGCUGCCUCUGCGUUCAGUAUCUAGAUUUUGGGGAUACUUGGCAAGCAUGGAAAUUCCCGUGUGUUUAAGACCAUAUGUUUAUAGAGCUUGGGCUCGGGCAUUUCAUUCAAAUUUAAAUGAAGCUGCUUUACCUUUAGACAAGUAUGCCUCUUUAAGGGAUUUCUUUGUUCGCACUCUGAAAGAAGGUUCCAGGCCCAUUGACCCUGAUCCACAAUGUCAGGUUAGUCCUGUGGAUGGUACAGUUUUAAGAUUUGGAGAGUUGAAAGGAGCAGGUGCGAUGAUUGAACAGGUCAAAGGAUUUUCAUAUUCUGUUUGUUCUCUUCUUGGUGCAAGCCAAUUUUUUCCGACUGCGGCUGAUUGUAAUAUACAUGAGAAGCAUAUUGAAUCUGUAGUCACUAGUGAUGAGAAGAGAAACAGAUCUUGGUGGAGUGUCUCCUUAGCUUCUCCCAAAGUUUGGGACCCUAAAUCAUCAUGUCCAGAGAGAGGCCUCUUCUACUGUGUGAUUUACUUAGGCCCUGGGGACUACCAUCGCAUACAUUCACCUGCUGACUGGAACAUUCUCGUUCGCAGGCAUUUCUCAGGACGUCUUUAUCCCCUGAACGAACGUGCUACAAGAACGAUAAGAAAUUUAUAUAUUGAGAAUGAAAGGGUUGUUCUUGAAGGUCUAUGGCAACAAGGAUAUAUAGCGCUUGCAGCAAUUGGGGCCACAAAUAUUGGAUCAAUCCAGCUUCUCAUUGAACCUGAACUCAAAACCAACAAGCCAAGGAAGAAGUUUCUUCACUCGGAGCCUCCUGAGGAACGGGUUUAUAAACCUGAAGGGGUUGGUAAGAUGCUGUCCAAGGGAGACGAGUUGGGUGCUUUCAACAUGGGAUCGACAGUUGUGCUUGUUUUCCAAGCUCCCAUUUCGAAACUGCUCGAAGGAGGAGGAGGUUCCUCACCGGAGUUCAACUUCUCUGUCAGACGUGGGGACAGAGUACGUGUUGGUGAGGCUUUGGGAAGGUGGAAUUAAGUUUACGGUGGCCUCUGCACAGAGUACAACAAUCACAUUAUGUAUAAAAGAAUAUUUAAUUGUGCCCGGGGUAGAUUCCCUUCAUAUUAAUCCGAGAUUUCGAAACUCAAUACUGCUUUAAGAGUCAACUGCGUUCAUCAUAGUGGGAAUUUAGUUCUGCUAUUUAUUUA